AUGCCUCCCAAAGCUGCCAAGGGCGAGUACAUUGAAACCGACACCGGUAACAAAAUCUCGCGCCGCUCACAAAUCCACGGCACACAACACAUUAUUCUCGGUGGCAAAACAGUUAUUCAAGCUGAAGCUGUGAUCCGUGGAGAUCUCUAUCGAAUUCCCUCCACAGCUGCCUCCACUGACCCAAACAACCCCCCGCAACAGCCCAAUACGCCAAGCGUCGCAAUCACAGUCGGCCGAUACAGCUACAUCUCUAAGAGCGCGAUUCUCCGCCCGCCGAGCAGAUUACAUCGUGGCGUACAUUCGUAUUACCCACUGAAGAUUGGGGAUCAUGUCUUUGUAGGCGAGUCAGCUGUCGUGGAAGCUGCGUCGCUUGGGAACCAUGUUCAUGUUGGUGCGGGCGCAACCGUCGGCAGUAUGGCUAUUGUGAAGGAUUUCUCGGUUGUUUUGGAGGGAGCUGCUGUUCCACCUGGAAUGGUUGUUCCGAGUUGGUGUGUUGUUGGCGGUCGGCCGGCUCGUAUUGUUGGUGAGGUUGGAGAAGGAUACGGGGUUGAGGGCGCUGAGGGUGGUUUGGCGAGAGAAAGAUACCGGGUUGUUGGCAAGUCAUAA